AUGGACGAAUCAGAGUCUUUGGACGCUCUCGGCAACGCGCUCAAUUCUGUCGCAGAAUCCCCGUACGAUAUCUCACGACAUGUUCAGCACAUACGAGUGGCUCAAUCACGAGGAUUGGAUGCAGAGGUUCAGUCUGCUAUGGAAAUGGCGACCCAGUUUCUUGCCGUCGGAGAUGAAGUCUGGUUGCCGUUAAUUCUAGCAAAAGAACGGUCUGUUGAUCUCAAUACGGAAGAAGGUGUUGAGGAACUGCUUGCUCUCUAUGCUCGUGCCGAGAAUGAUUAUCUGUCUAUCCCAAUACUUGAAAAACACGUCAAAUUUCUCAUAGAACGACACACACUAUAUAAUUCUGGCGAGGUGAUUAAGCCCGAAACACUUGGAGAGAUAUUUACGACUUCCUGGACACGCAAAGCUGUCAACGUUGUCGUACAGAAGGGUAGUUACAAGCUAUGGGAUUUGCAACGAGACUGGGAGCUGGGAAUGCUCGAGGAAACCCCGAAAGACGAAAGAUCGGAGCUCAUUGAAUACGUCCAGAAUUUGCAUUUGGAGCGUCUUCAUCAACCACAUUCAAAUAUUGAGGACACCCUUCAAUCAUAUUCAUCUUUUACAACAAAUUAUCUUCCUCCUCACGAAUAUGAAUCUAUUCUGGUGGCAGCCACGAAGAUACGAAGCCAAAGUGUACGGAACUUUGACCGCCGUGAUCGUUUGGAGACCGCCAUUAAAACCACAGAAGGCUCACUGGAAUCAUACCAUCAAUACAUCGGGUAUGAAAGACGCGCCAAACACCCAGAUUUAUUUGUCACUAAAGGGGUUUUUGAACGAGCCAUUGCGGAAGCAGCAAAAUUGAGAUUUGCAGGAAAUCAGGCAGCGGAAGGGGCACUUCAGAUGUUUUGGGUCAACUUCUGUGACACUCUUCGUAUAUUGGAUGUUGAAGUUGAGCAAGAGUUGGAGAUAUACAAGCGGGCUGUAAGGAGCGUUCCAGGUUCAGGCGAGGUUUGGGCGAGAUACAUUCGAUUCUUGGAACGUGCUUCAGAAGAGAUAUCUGAAGAGCCGGAGACUAUUUCAGAAAUCUACAAUCGAGCCAUUGAUGCGAAACUUGUGCAAUCUGAUCUCGAACAACUUAUUCCCCUCGUUCUAGCUCGAGGAGCUCAUGAAAGACGAACCCUUGAGGCUGGAAGUGAAGACGAAAAUAUCCUACCAACUUUAAUUGGAGUAGUAGAAAGCGGCCUUGAACUAUCUCGUCGAGCAUCAAAGUCAAUUGACUCCAAGUUGCGAUUAGAAAAGUUCUUGGUGUCGAUUUAUGAAAGUGUUGGACUGGUCGACAGUGUUUUUGAUGUUUGGAAAGCUGCUGCAAAACAUUCCAAAUCAAGUUAUUCAGUUUGGCUGAAUUAUACUGAUGCCAUGAUAAAACAUCAGAUGUUCGAUGAAGUUCGCAAGACAUUUUUGGACAUACAUUCUAAACAGUUAGAUUGGCCAGAAGCCAUAUGGGAGGCUUGGAUAUCGUUUGAACAUCUACAUGGAUCCAUCUCUGACAUUGAGACAUGUUUGGACAAAAUAGAGACGGCACAAUAUCAGACAAAUAUGAGGCGGGCAAAGGAAGCUGCGAAAGCACAGAUAGUGGCUGCGGAAGCUUUUCUGGAGACAGCUAUUGCGCCGACGGCAGUGACAGUAUCAGACAGCACAAGACCGGUAACUGAUACACCUAUGGACGUUGAUCAACCGGCACAAGAAAGAGGCACAAAGCGAGCAGCUGAAGAAGAACCUUCUUCAGAUGCACACAAGAAACCACGCACUGAACCAAAAUCUGGACCCCUGAAAAGAGACCGGGAAAACUCGACGGUUUUUGUGGCGGACCUCCCCGCAGAUACCGUAGAAGAUGAUCUUCAUAACCUUUUCAAAGACUGUGGUGAUGUUCGCGAAGUAAAGAUAACACGACUUCCAGCUGCUCUUGUUGCCACGGUAGAAUUUUCUGACAGGGAAAGCGUACCGGCAGCAUUAACAAAGGAUAAGAAAAAGAUACUCGGUCAAGAAAUUUCCGUUCAUCUUGCUUGGAAGUCGACACUAUAUGUCACUAAUUUCCCUGAAUCUACGGAUGAUGCUUUCAUUAGAGACUUGUUUGGCAAAUAUGGGACCAUAUUUGACGUUCGCUGGCCGAGCAAAAAGUUCAAGAAUACUCGAAGAUUCUGCUAUGUUCAAUUUACUUCUCCUGAUGCAGCCCAGAAAUGUCUGGAACUGCAUGGACGUGAACUCGAGCCAAACCUUCCUCUUAAUGUCUAUAUUUCAAACCCAGAACGGAAAAAAGAAAGGACUGAUCAAGACGCAAAUGAAAAGGAGGUUUAUGUUGCUGGCUUAAGCAGGUUCACGAAUAAAAAUGAUCUUGAAAAACUUUUUGCUACUUAUGGUACCGUGAAAGACGUCAGAAUAGCACUUGAUGACAAUGGACAUGCUAGAGGAUUCGCUUUUGUUGAGUUUGAAGAAGCGAAAGAUGCUCAGAAUGCUUUAUCCGCAAAUAAUCAUGAGCUAAAGAAACGCCGACUAGCAGUGACACUAGCUGACACUCGCGUUCGCGCAAAACACAGGUCAGACAUUGGGAUUAGUAAAGUCGCGGAAAUUCGUAAUAGAUCUGUUCGCAUCAAGAACCUUCCUCCUGCUGUGCAAGAAGGUCUCUUGCAGCAAGUCCUGGAAAAGAUCGUCCCUGUCAAAAGACUCGAAGUUUUCUUGGAUAAACGAGAAGCGUUGCUUGAAUUGGAAAACCCUGCAGAUGCAGGAAGGCUCAUCCUCAUGACGGAACCCAUAGAAUUUGGAGGCAAUACAUUGGAAUUCACUGAAGAUAUCCCUACCCCACGAGUCUCGGGAACGACGAAACAAGAGGGGGUAAAUGCUUUGUUCAAGCCAAGAAAGCUCGGACCAUCAAAGCCCAAAGCCGGGCUUGGAUUCAAAAAGCCUCUUCCCACCUCAAAGUCCCAUGCAGAGGAAAAGUCUCCUGUCGCGUCGUCUUCUGCGCCUAAUGUUAGCAGUAAAGGUCAGGACGAUUUCCGCAAGAUGCUUGCGAAGAAAUAG